AUGGGUACUAGCUUCCCUUCUCAUCAGCUAAGCAAUGGGCUUUACGUAUCAGGCCUACCCGAACAGCCAAAGGAAAAGACAUCAACUAAGUGCUCUGUGGCCGUUCCUUACACCGGAGGAGACUCAAAAAAAUCGGGCGAGCUCAGCAAGAUGUUCGUCAUCCCUCCAGACGGGUCAAAAUCCCGGAAGACCGGGACCAUGAUCCAAUCGGGCUCUGCAGCCCGGGCUAGCUACUCCACCCCAGGCCCAGUUUCAUCCAUGGGCAUCUCAGGAGCCUUAGCCUCCAUGAAAAAACCCCACUCUGGGCCGCUGAGCAAGCAUGGAGAGCCCAUCAAGAAGUACUCAGGCCCACAGUCGGGGGCAGUCACGCCAGUGAACCUUCCAACGACGGGCCUCAUAACAUCUGGGCCCAUCUCAUCCGGCCCACUGAACCACUCUGGGGCACUGAGGAAUGCAAGUGGGUCUAUGAAGCUGCACGGAUCGUCUGUUGGCAACAACUUGGCAGUGACAACUAUUGGUCGGGAGAAUAUUAGCCACUCAUUCAUGAAGAACCUCCCGAGGCCCAUUUUGUGGGGGAUCGUCAUGCUUUUUAUGAUGGGCUUCAUUGCCGGGGGCUUUAUACUUGGCGCAGUGAACAAUGCUAUUCUUCUUGAUGUUUUGGUAGUGUUGUUCUGCCUUGCUGUCGUGUUGUUAGUUUGGAAUUUGUGCUGGGCGAGAAAAGCUGUCGUUGGUUAUAUUGCCGACUAUCCGGAUUCUGAGCUCAGGGCUGCUACAAAUGGCCAAUUUGUCAAAGUCACCGGAGUGGUCGCGUGCAGUAAUGUUCCCCUCAAGUCAUCCUUCCAGAAAUUUCCAAGAUGUGUGUUCACAUCUUCAAGCUUGUAUGAGUAUCGUGGAUGGGGUUCCAAGUGGGCGCUUAGAUUUUCAGAGAAGCAUGCUGUCGAUUUUUACAUCUCUGAUUUCCAGUCUGGUCUGAGGGCAUUGGUUAAAGCUGGCUAUGGUGCACGUGUGAUUCCUUAUGUAGAUGAAAGUGUUGCCAUUGAUGUUGAUCCUUCCAAAAACGAUACUCCUCCCGAAUUCAUCCAUUGGUUGGGAGAGAGAAAUCUCUCUCUCGAGGACCGUUUAAUGCGACUUAAAGAAGGGUCGAUCAAGGAAGGAAGCACCGUGAGUGUGAUGGGCAUCGUUCAAAGGACUGAAAACGUGCUUAUGAUAGUUCCUCCAAACGAGCCCUUCACGACUGGAUGCCAGUGGGCCAAAUGUACAUUACCCGCUAGUUUUGAUGGGCUUGUGUUGUGGUCUGAUGAUGAAUCAGACAUGAAUGUUAUACCUGUGUGA